GAAGAUCAUUACCACAAUGUGAAAGUUGACGAUCAGGAGGAAGAGAAUUCAACAACAGAUUAUCUGCUUUUAUUGAUUCUGCUAACGUGUACAGUCACGAACCAGAACUUCUUGAAAGUUUACGGACAAAUGAUGGUACUGGAAGAUUAAGACUCACCGGUAACUUGUUGCCUUUGAGGACUACUAACUGUAUGCUAGAAAACGGAUGUUCAUUGGUCGGCGAAGAGCGAGGGGAUGAGAAUCCACCUUUGAAUACAAUGCAUACACUUUGGGUAAGAGAACACAACAGAAUUGCUGAUAAUCUAAGAAAUGUGAAUCCAAAUUGGAGAGGGGAUCUUGUAUUUCAACACAGUCGGAAGAUUGUUGGAGCUAUAUUUCAACAUAUAGUUUAUAAUGAGUUUGUGCCACUUCUUGCUAACCUUAAAAGAUACACUGGCUAUAAAAGCAGUGUUAAUCCAAGCAUCUCAAAUGCAUUUGCAAACGCAGCAUUUCGAUUUGGUCACACUUUGAUUCCGAAUUCUUUUGCCCGAUUGAAUAAAAAUUUUGAUCAUGCCAAGCCUGAUUUAUCAUUGCAAGAAUCUUUCAGAAAUAUUUUGCCAGUUCGCGAAGAUGGAAUUGAACCAUUAAUGUUUGGCUUACUUAAAAACCAAUCUCAAGAUUUUGACACAGAUUUCGCAUUUGGAAUUGCAAGGCGAUUGUUUGUGCCUGUUGGAAGCAAGGAAUACAGAGAUCUGACGGCAUUAAACAUACAACGUGGAAGAGACCAUGGUCUUCCAACUUACGGAGCAUUUAGAAAAUUUUGCAAGUUGGAAUCUGUAACACGUUUUUCACAGCUACGCGGAAUCAUUCGUUCCAGCGCUAUAUCGAAACUUAAAAGGCUUUACAGUAGUCCUAACGAAAUUGAUCUGUUUGCAGCUGGUUCAAGCGAAAUCCCACUAAAAGGCAAGCUUCUUGGUCCAACAUUUAGUUGUUUAGUGAAGGAUCAAUUUGAAAGAACUCGAGAUGGUGAUCGAUUCUUUUAUCAACGAAGGGCUGUAUUUAGUCAAGCUCAACUUAAUGAAAUCAAAAAAGUCACGUUUGCCAGAGUCCUAUGCGAUAAUUUAAAGGAUAUUGUAUCAAUACAGAGAGACGUAUUUCAGGCUCUUAACAAUGGAAAGAAAAGAGUUGAAUGCGGAAAUAUACGUGGAAUUAAUUUUAGGAAGUGGUUUACUGGCGGAUUAAGUAGUCCUGAAGGCGCUACUACCGUGAAACCUCAGCCAUACUAUCGUCCUGGAAACUACUACCGUCGACAAUACUCACCUGGACGAUAUUAUCGUAAACGAUUUUCUCGUGAAAGAAAAUUUCGUGGACGAUAUUCUGGUGGAAGAAAAUUUCGUGGACGAUAUUCUGGUGGAAGAAAAUUUCGUGGACGAUAUUCUCGUGGAAGAAAAUUUCGUGGACGAUAUUCUCGUGGAAGAAAAUUUCGUGGACGAUAUUCUCGUGGAUAUCAUUUUGGUUAAUUUCAGAGAAAAUACUAGAGGCAAAUACGCAAUCAUUUGAAACAUGGAAAAUAUUUCGACAGCACGUAACUAACAUUUUAUUUUGUUUCUGUUUUUGAUUAUGCAUAAGGUAUUCAAGGCAUAUUUAUAGCAGUAAAAACAGAUCACUUACAACUAAUUAGUCUCACGUAGCACUAGAAAAGGUCACUUCGUAUUUUGAAAUAACUGUUAAGGCUUGCAAAGAUUCUAAUUGUUCAUCCUCCAAAAGCUUCUGAAUAUAAUACUUUUUUAAUUAAACUUAUAGUCCGUCUUUGUAUUUUAUUUCGAAUAGCACAAAUAAUCUACUAAAAUAACAACUUAUCACUGUAGAUAAUUGUUACUUACUGAUUU